CACUGCCGGCCAGUGGGAUUCCUUCACUACCAUAUUUGGCAGUGAGUGGAAAUGCCAAGCGGAUGCUUCACAUUUAUACAUCCGGUGAAAUAUCUGUCUCAUUGUUCUUUCUGUGGUAGUCGCGUGCGGAGGACAUACCUUGUCCAACUCAAUCUUCGUUACAACACACACACUCCAGCUGCAUGUGAGUCGAGAAUUGUUUAUAGCUAAAUAGAUUUCCUAAGGAUAACAUCUAGCAGGAAAAGGCACCCAGACUUCGCCAUGUCAAGUACAACAAUCUCAAAUACCGUCUUUUAAAGCAGGAUAUGUCGGUAGACUGAUUUUUAACUCGCAGUUGCACGCCAGCUAACUUUAACGCGACCAAAAAAGCAACUUGUUGGAGUUAUCAGGGAGCCGAAUGGCCUCUGUUGUGGCCUCUGUUGUGACUGUGAAGACCGAGAAGCGACCUGCUCAUGCUGAUACUCAGGAUGUUGACUCCAACACCAAAAAACCCAGGAUUUGGGAACCAUCAAUGGAACCAUCACUCAAUCUCUGCCUGCCCCAAAGGAAACUGCUGCCCAGCCUGAAGACCAAGCGGGCCCCCGAGCUGGUCCUAGUUAUUGGUACAGGGGUGAGUUCAGCUGUGGCCCCUCAGGUCCCUGCGUUGCGCUCCUGGAAGGGUUUGAUCCAGGCCUUGUUGGACGCGGCCAACGACUUUGACCUCCUAGAGGAAGAGGAGAGUAGGCGUUUUCAGAAGAGCCUGCAGGAGGACAAGAACCUAGUCCACGUGGCUCAUGACCUCAUCCAGAAGCUCUCGCCGAGAACAGGCAAUGUGCGGUCCACCUUCUUCAAGGACUGUUUGUACGAGGUGUUUGACGAUCUGGAGUGUAAGAUGGAGAACGCGGGGAAGCACCUUCUCCGAUCCGUACUACAGCUGAUGGAGAGCGGAGCGCUGGUCCUCACCACCAACUUUGACAACCUGCUGGAGAUCUACGCAGCCCACCAGGGAUCGAAGCUGGAGUCUCUGGACCUCACCGACGAGAAGAAGGUCCUGGAGUGGGCUCAGGGGAAGAGAAGUCUGAGUGUUUUGCACAUUCACGGUGUUUACACGAAUCCCAGCGGUAUUGUACUGCACCCUGCUGGCUACCAGAAUGUACUGAGGAACACUGAGGUCAUGAGGGAGAUCCAGAAACUGUAUGAGACCAAGUCGUUUGUGUUCCUGGGCUGUGGGCGCACGGUGGACGACACCACCUUCCAGGCUCUGUUCCUGGAGGCGGUCAAACACAAGUCGGACCUGGAGCACUUCAUGCUGGUGCGGCGCGAGGACGUGGGAGAGUUCAAGAAGCUGCGGGACAACAUGCUGGACAAGGGUAUCAAGGUAAUCUCCUACGGCAACGAGUAUUCCGACCUGCCCGAGUACUUUGAACGGCUGGCCAACGAGAUCUGCAACCGCGACGCUGUCACUAACGGCUGGGGAUCUCCCUCCCAAGAAGAACAGGAAACCCAGAAUGGCUUUCAUUCACAGAAAAGCCUCCUUCAAGACUAUCCUUCUUGACAGGCACAAAACAAGCGGGAGUAUCAGUCAUUUUCAUCCACAGUUCCUUCAGAGUUCAGGUCUGGUUUCAUUGGAUCUACUACUACAACUCCUCCAGGCAGAUAUGGGCCAGAAGAGACCCAUGUUACUACUCUCUAGUCACCCGCUUAUUGUUUUUAUUUUCUUCUGGACCGGUUGUCAUGACAAAGGGAAAGACCCAGCCAAGGAGCUAACAGGAAAGUAAACUUAAAGCAGCUGUACACCCUGGCAACCCAAUUUAAAUGUUUCCCUACACCCUGACAUCUGGAAUAGGAUGUUGGAAAGGGCAAUGGAAGACUGAUAGAUGUGUGAAGUAGGGAUGACAUAAGGACAGGUCCCUGAUCUGGUUUCUCAAUCAACAUAAUUUGGAAAUGAAUCCUGUCCUGAAUGGAUGUAGUCAGUUAGUCCAGUGGACAGUACUGAGGACCUAGAUAUGCUAAAGACUCCUUGAGUUUGAAGAGAAGCAGGCGUGGCGAAAAUGCAGCACAACACAUCCACAUCAGAGGUGGACGGGCUCAUUAUAAUGGCUUGAAUGGAACCGAGUCCAACGUGGUUUCCAUAUGUUUGAUACCGUUCCAUUUAUUCCAGACAUUAAUGUGCCUGUCCUCCUAUAGACCAGCCUCCUCUGAUCCACAUACUAUACAGUACACAGCUCUUCCCAUCCUCCCCCCUUUAGGAUCAACAAUGCCGUCCUCUUAUAAAACUGUCAAGUCUCAAAGCAUACAGCAUCAAUAGGUGUUAACCAUGUAUACUCUGAAAAUAACACAAGCCAGUAUUCAAUGCUAACUUGAAAGCAGCAAAUUCAGUGUUCAAUCUGUGAAGCAAUACUUGAUACAGUUAAGGAUGGUUACAUGUGUAUGGCAAACAUGUUUAAAAGUUUUGAGAAUCUUGUCUGCAAGUUCAGCAGAGUGACGUUCCAUUGAGUUAGGAGAGGCAUCUUUGUAAAGUAACAAUCACUUGGCCACUCGUGCUGAAAAAAGAUUGUAUACUGUCCUUUAUAAGUCUUUUGUAUUAAUACUGCAUGUUUUGUGAAAUCUGUGAAGGUAUUUAAGUGCUAUUUAAAAAAAAUUAAACCUUUGGGUAUCAUA